UCGUCUCCUCAUUUUGGCUUUUGCCUCAUUUCUUCAAAAACCCUAAAUAAAUAAAUAUCCAAUCUUUCAUUUUGUGCUUGUUUCUUGUAUUGCAGAUCUCAACUGGGUUUCCAAACCCUUUCUCUCUUUCUUUUAGAGGGGAAUGCAGAGAUCGUUUGGCGAGGAGGCGAACGUGCUGGACUGGAAUAAUUCCUUCAGCCGUGGGAUUGGCAUUACUGCUCCCAAGGCAAGAAAACGAGACAAGGCUAUGGGUCUCUGAAUUUAAGGGGUUUCGGAACAAGGAAGAAUUAGGGCUAGUGCUUCUCAUUGAGAAUAAUUAUCAUCAAAAGCAAUGACUCGCAUUUUGGUUCAACGAGGUUCCAGUAGCAGCUCUUCAUCAACUCCAAGCCGAUCUUCUUCCUUGCCGGGGUCAUCUUCUUCUUCGGCAGAGCCUCAAUUAUCUCCCAUUCAAGUUCCACCAGCUGUGGGAGAUGAUGAGGCUAGUGAGGAAGUGCAGGAACAAAUUGGUUUGGAUGAACUUUUAGAGUGUAAUAGGAGUAGUGAAAAGGCUGUGGAAAGUGAUGAUCCUUUGCCAGAAAAAUUGCGUAAUGAUUGGAACAAAGGUUUGAGUGAUACUCUUGCUGAGGCUGAGCAAUUGAAUGCACUUGAUGCCUCGGGUUCGUGUGAUAUAAUGAAUGAUUUGGGUGGGUUGAGGAUUCCAAAAAAAGUCGUUGCUGAAACUGAAGGUUCAAGUAAUGAUCCUUUACCAUUUGGUAGUGGAAGCCCACAUCCGCCUCCACCUCCUGUUCCACCACCUAAACCUUCAUCUGCUAACUCAAAUUCAAGAAGAUUUACCUCAGGAAGUUCAAAUCUUGUUCGUGCUGGAUCAUCUAGAAGAGCUGUUGCCUGGCCCACUGUUUCAACAAGGACUUCACCCUCUGGGUCACGCCCAUCUUCUCCUAGAUCUCACGGUGAGAGUGAGGGUUAUAAUAGUGCUGAUGAACAGAUCCCAUGUUUUGUAUCCUCGUAUAAUGAUGCGGAAAGGGAACGCCAAUUCGAAAUCGAUAUUAGACGAGCAAAAGGUUUAGAAGUUAAACGGAUGCUAGAAGAUGGUAACUGCCUCUUCCGUGCUGUUGCUGAUCAAGUGUAUGGGGACUCUGAAACCUAUGAUUUGAUUCGACAAAUGUGCAUUGAUUACAUGGAGCGAGAGAGGGAUCACUUUUCUCAGUUUAUAACAGAAGGUUUUACAACUUACUGCAAGAGGAAAAGAAGAGAUAAGGUCUAUGGAAACAACGCGGAGAUUCAAGCUGUGUCGGAAAUGUACAACAGACCUAUUCAUAUAUAUUCCUACAGCAUAGAACCUAUUAACAUUUUUCAUGGAAGCUAUAAUACUGACACUCCUCCAAUAAGGCUGAGCUACCAUCAUGGGAAUCAUUACAACUCUCUUGUUGAUCCUCGUCGUCUGACUGUCGGUGCCGGGCUUGGAUUUAGCUGUCUUCAAGGGGAAAAUGUGGACAAGGAUCAAGUCAAGGCGGCCAUUAAAUCUCAACAAGAUUGGCAGAUUGACAAUGCACUUCUGGCUGAGGGUCGAUUUUACUCUGAUCUUGAACUUACCGAGAAGGAAAUUGAGCGAAUGGUGAUGGAAACAUCUCGAGCUGAAUACCUUGCCAAUGACAAGUUUAAUCCACAUGUUGGGUGUAAAGAAUUAUCCACUUCGACUGCUGAACCGUCAUCUUCUGGAGCUAGGCCGUCGGGCAGUGAAACGGAAGUGGAGGGCUCAAAUGAGCAGGGUAUGCAGAAUAGUGUUCUGAGCAGUGGGAUGCAGUUGCUGUUGUCGAUGGGAUUCAGUUAUUUGCAGGUAAAGGAAGCAUAUAGCAUAUUUGGGGAUGAUGUAGAUUCUAUGGUGUGUUAUCUCAUAGAAACCGGGAGUAGCAGCAGAAGCAAAGGCAAGGGAACGGAUUUAGUCAUAGACUAGUGCCCCAAAAUGUAGCAGCAGCAGCAGUCUCCGUGUGUGUGUUCCGUUGGCACUGGUAAUGACUGGUAUUGGAAAUAGAUAUAGAACAAAUUCUUAUCUACUGAGAACACCACAUCAGACUGCUGGAUGUGUUUGAACUACAUUCCUAGUUAAUAAAAUGCCAUUAUUAGCUUUAGUAUCC